AUGGAUGUUUCUCAUGCAGCCUAUUUGUCUAAUCAACCAUUACAUCCAAUAUUACAAAAUAUAUUAGACCUGUCCUUACAGACUGACCAAUAUAAUGGUCUGAUUAAAAAGCCUAGUGAUAGUAAACCACCACCAGUUGAGGUUGAUGAUACAGGACGUAUUGCUAAUGAAGGAUUACAAGAAAGUGUAUGUGAAGAAGUAUUUUGUUCAUAUAAACAUAGAGAAGUAGUAGCUGGAUGUAAACCUCAUCCUGGUGAUAUAGUAGAGGCUGGACCUCUUGCUGCUUUAUCUCUACCCAGUGAAUAUUAUCCUAUCUGUGAUAGUUUACCUAAAGAAAUAAUACUAGAAGGAAAAUUAAGUAGUUUACAAUUAGAGGGAGUUAUACAUGCUUGUCAAAGACAUCAAGUAUUAUUACCUAAUGGACAAAGAGCUGGAUUUUUUAUUGGUGAUGGUGCUGGUGUUGGUAAAGGUAGACAGAUAUCAGGAAUUAUAUUUGAUAAUUUUGUUCGAGGAAGAACUAAAAAUAUAUGGUUUACAAUUUCUACAGAUCUUAUAGUUGAUUCUAGGAGAGAUUUACAGGAUUUAGGAUGUCAUGUUAAAGUUAUUGAUGGAUGUCAAGAAUUAGACAGAGAAACAAGAGUGUUGGGUCUACCUACUGAUUUUAAAGAAGGUGUUGUUUUUAGUACAUAUGCUACAUUAGUGUCUUCUGUACAAAGAGGAGGUUCUCUAAAUUCAAGUCGCCAAAGUAGAUUACAACAGUUAAUAGAUUGGUGUGGUGGUGAGAAGUUUGAAGGUUGUUUGGUAUUUGAUGAAUGUCAUAAAGCUAAAAACUUUAUUCCUAAUAAAGAAACCGCUAGCACUAAAAUAGCCAUUGCAGUAACCACCAUUCAAAAAUUAUUACCUAAAGCAAGAGUUGUAUAUUGUAGUGCUACAGGUGUAACUGAUGUUAAAAAUAUGGCCUUUAUGGAAAGACUUGGUCUGUGGGGAGAUGGUGCUCCUUUUAAGUCAUUUGAGCAAUUUUUAGAUUCUGUACAGAAAAAAGGAUUAGGUAUUGCUGAAAUGUUGGCUAUGGAAAUGAAAACUACAGGAAUGUAUGUAUCUAGAGGUCUAUCAUUUAAACAAGCUGAGUUUGUAACAGUAGAAGCUAUUAUAGAUAAAGAACAAAAGAAAAUGUUUAAUACUGCUGCUCAUGUAUGGAAUGAAUUACGUAAAUCAUUAGAGAGUGCUGUGGCUAGAACUAGCUGUAGUAAUAACAGAAUUUGGGCACAAUUUUGGUCUGCUCAUCAAAGAUUCUUUAAACAACUAUGCAUGGGUAUGAAAGUACCUACUAUAGUUAAAGAAGCAUUAGAAGGUUUAGAGAAUGGUUUCAGUAUAGUUAUUGGUCUACAGACUACAGGAGAGGCAUCGUUAGUGAGUGAAUUAAGUCGAUCUAAAGGAAAUAUCAGUAAUUUUGUAUCAUUAUGUCGUGAAAUAUUAUUGUCAUUUAUCAAUAAUUAUUUUCCUACCAAAUUUGAAAAACCACCAGAUGAAGGACCACUAGAAGAUAGUUGGAGUGUAACAGCCUGUAAUAUGUUAAAAAAUUUUGCUAUUAAAAUUAAGUUGCCUAACAGUCCAUUAGAUGAAAUAAUAGAUCAAUUAGGUGGACCUGAUAAAGUAGCUGAAAUGACUGGAAGAAAAGGUAGAAUUGUAAGAAAAACACCGACUAGUACACCACAAUAUGAACAGAGAGGGUCCGAGUCAGAUAUUGGUGUAGAAAGUCUUAAUGUCAAAGAGAGAAAUAUGUUUAUGGAAGGAAAGAAAUUAAUUGCUAUUAUAUCAGAUGCUGCAAGUACAGGAAUAUCUCUACAUGCUGAUCUUCGUGUAGCUAAUAAGAGACGUAGAAUACAUUUAACAGUUGAAUUACCAUGGAGUGCUGAUAAAGCUGUUCAACAACUGGGACGCUCCCAUAGAUCUAAUCAAUCAAGUGGUCCCUUAUAUAAGUUGUUAACAACAGAUUUAGGUGGUGAAAGAAGAUUCGCUGCAGCAGUGGCUAAAAGAUUACAGUCUUUAGGUACUCUUUUCAUAUUUCAUGUUUUGGAAUUUCACUUUGAUGAUACCUUAUUAAUUUCUUUAGAGAAAAGAACCAUUCUUUAUCAGUGUUCCAGUAAGAAAUAA